AGUCUUAGCACUACAGGUGCGUCUUUGUAAUAUUUUGGUUGCAUUCCUCUUACUUCUUUGCCCGAUAAACGCCAGGCUACUCUUCACAUUCGAAUACGAACAACGUUUCCGUGCUGUCUGACGGGGUGAGGUACCUUUCACAUGCACGCUCAGUGUCACUCGGUAGGGGCAAAGGUGACUGCUUAUUACAGGAAGUAUGCUGUCUCCACAGGCCCUUAGGUUCCCUGUCGUGUAAGAAAAGCAAGCCGGUAAGGAAAACACUAGUGACGUCCUGACCACAACAUUAACCGGAAUGCUAAGGCAAAAGCUUCCCCAGCCUUGUUUAGCUUCCAGCCUUCGCCCCGCCCAUUUGUGCGCACGCAGUCGACGACCCAGACCAUUGGUUUAGGUUGCAAACUCGGCUCAGCGCGGUGAUUGGUCGAUUGCAAAUCCCGAACGUUGUGACUGGUUCGCAGAAACGUCUCUGUGCGCGCGCGGGAACGACUGCGAGCCGGUACGUCUAUGGUCGGAAUGGCGCUGAAGGAUCUAGGAAGAGACCUGCAGCCUUGGUGUCCGCUGGAUCUCAGCCUUGAAUGGGUGAACACAGUGUGGGACCUGGACUUCACGGAGACCGAACCUUUGGAUCCCAGCGUGGUAGCAGAGAUCCUAGAGACUGGAAGAGAUGCGUUCACAAAGCUCUAUGGGAGCCUCUUCCCCUUUGCAACCGACGAAAGUGGCUCUUUAGAGAGCGUCUGGUCCUUCUUCACUGAGAACAGCAUUUCCAGCAACACUCUGGUGGCGUUGUUCUGUCACUUUGUCCAGGAAGCCCAUAAAAAAAGUGCCAGUGUGCAAUAUCGAGAAUAUGGCCUUCGUGCUGCGGGGCUCUAUUUCCUGCUGCUAGAAAUACCAGGCAGCGUAGUCAAUCAAGUAUUCCACCCAGUGAUGUUCGACAAGUGUAUUCAGAUCCUGAAGAAGAGCUGGCCUCAAGAAUCCAACUUGACUCAGAAGAGAAAAAAGGAACACUCCAAGAGUUCUAAGGCUAAUUACAGGAGGAGCAGAAAAAGAGGAAAACCACCUAGGAAAGAGGAUUAUCAGGUGGAUGAACUUUCAAGAGAGGAAGAGGAGGAGGAGGAAGAGGAGAUUUAUUUUUCUGUCCGGGACCUUUCUCAAAUACGAGAUGCCAUAUUUAAUCUUCUAAAGAAUUUUUUAAGGCUUCUGCCCAAGUUUUCUCUUAAAGAAAAGCCGCAGUCUAUUCAAACAUGUAUAGAGGUGUUUGUUGCAUUAACUAGUUUUGAACCAAUUCCUCAUAAAUUUCUUAUUUCACAAGCCAGGAACCUCAGUGAAGUAAAACACAUUUCAGAGCUGGCCUACUAUGGAUUGUACUUGCUGUGCUCCCCAGUUCAUGGAGAAGGAAAUAAGGUUAUCGGUUCUAUUUUUCAUCAAAUGCUCAAUGUGAUACUGAUGUUAGAGGUAGGAGAAGGGUCCCGCUGUGCUCCUCUUGCCAUAACCUCACACGUCAUCAAUUGUAGAAACCAAGCAGUCCAGUUUGUCAGCUCACUUGUGGAUGAACUACAAGAAAGUGUGUUCCCCAUCCUUGGUACUUUACUGCAGCACAUCUGUGCCAAGGUGGUGGAUAAAGCAGAAUAUCGGACCUACGCAGCACAGUCCCUGGUCCAGCUGCUUAGCAAACUUCCCUCCAAGGAAUAUGCUACAUUCAUUGCCUGGCUUUACAAAUAUUCACGAAGUUCCAAGAUCCCACACCGGGUCUUCACUCUUGAUGUUGCUUUAGCUCUGUUAGAGCUGCCCGAAAGACUGCUGGAUGACACUGUGCUACUGGAGCAUCAGAAGUUUCUAAAGCAUAAAUUCUUUGUGCAAGAAAUUAUAUUUGAUCGUUGCUUAGAUAAGGCACCUACUGUCCGCAGCAAGGCGCUGUCCAGCUUUGCACAGUGUUUGGAGUUGUCUACUAGCAACACAUCUGAGAACACACUGGAAAUCUUCAUUAACAGUACUGUGACAGGAAUACACAGUCACUUUGGCACCUCACUGAGACCCUCGACAGUGUUAACCAGCCAAAGUUGCCGCUCAGUACAAAGCAGCACCCAUGACAGUGAUGAACAGACUCCGCCUGGAGAGAGACGCUUCAUGACAAUGCUGAGAAAAAGAACCAAAGAUGAGAAGAUCAACGUUAGGAAGUCUGCACUCCAGGUGUUAAUGAGUAUUUUGAAACACUGUGACAUCUUGAGCAUGGAGGAGGACCUGUUGAUCCUGCAGGACCACUGUCGAGACCCUGCCAUAUCUGUGCGGAAGCAAGCCCUACAGUCUCUUACAGAACUUGUCAUGGCCAAGCCUACUUGUGUCCCAGUGCAGAAGGCCUGGCUGAUGGGUGUCAUCCCUGUGGUGAUGGACUAUGAGAGCACAGUGCAAGAGAAGGCCUUGGAGUGCCUGGACCAGCUCCUGCUGCAGAACAUUAAGCACCAUAGGAAGUUUCACAGCGAGGACAGGAGUCAGGUGCUCGCCUGGGCCCUACUUGCUCUCCUCACCGUAGAAAGCCAAGAUCUGAGCCGCUAUUUAAAUAAGGCUUUUCAUAUCUGGUCCAAGAAAGAUAAAUUCUCAUCCACUUUUAUAAACAGUGUGAUAUCCCACACUGACACAGAACGUUCUGCGCCAGCCUGGAUGCUGCUCUCCAAGAUCACUUGCUCGUCACCCAAGCUGGACUAUACCAAAAUAAUGGAGUCGUGGGAGAAACUCAGCAGAGAACAAUCUCCCAACUCAAACACCUUAGGCUACAUGCUGUGUGUCAUUGGGCAUAUUGCAAAGCAUCUUCCAAAGAGCACACAGGACAAGAUAACUGGUGUGAUCAAGGCCAAGCUGAAUGGAUUUCAGUGGUCUCUAGAGCUGAUCAGUUUGUCCGUUGACACAUUACAAGGGCUUUGCAGAGCAUCUGCAAAGACACUGCGGGAAGAGCAGGAACUGCUGAAGCGGGUGUGUGGGGAUGUCCUCUCCACCUGUGAGCAACACCUCUCUAACAUCCUUCUGAAGGAAGACGGGACAGGGAACAUGGAUGAAGACCUGGUGGUGAAAUGCAUUUUUACCCUAGGAGAUAUAGCCCAGUUAUGUCCAGCCCUAGUAGAGAAGCGAGUCUUCCUUCUAAUCCAGUCUAUUCUGGCUUCUUCUGCUCAUGCGGAUCACUUGCCAUCAUCUCAAGGGACCACAGACCUCGCCAGUCAGCUGCCUUUCCAGGCCAGGAGCUCUGCCCUGCCGUCUGUGAUUAGAGCACAUGCCAUCAUCACUCUGGGUAAACUCUGCUUACAGCAUGAAGACCUUGCAAAGAAAAGCAUCCCAGCCCUUGUGCGAGAACUUGAAGUCUGUGAGGAUGUGGCUGUCCGCAACAAUGUCAUCAUUGUGAUGUGUGAUCUUUGUAUCCGGUACACUGUCAUGGUGGACAAUUAUAUUCCCAAUAUUUCCAUUUGCCUGAAGGAUUCAGACCCGUUCAUCCGAAAGCAGACACUGAUCUUGCUUACCAACCUCUUACAGGAGGAAUAUGUGAAGUGGAAGGGCUCUCUGUUCUUCCGAUUUGUCAGCACUCUGGUAGACUCACACCCAGACAUUGCCAGAUUUCUAGAUGAAACAGUCUGUAAAGAAUAACAUGGAGCCAAGCAUGAUAACUCAAGCUUGUAAUCCCAGCACUCAGGAAGUGGAAACAGAAUCAGGAGUUCAGCUGUUGACCGAGGUCAAGGUGAACGUGGGCUACUUGAGACCCUGCCUCAAAAAAGGAGAGUGCAUUAAAAACUCAGGGAUGACAGAUGUUUAAAGCAGACCUUAAGUGAAAAUUUCCCAGGAACUUUCUUUUGUUAUACAAAGCUGUGUUUGAUUUCGUAUGUGAAGGUCAUCCUAAACAGAACCAGGGUCCCUCUAAUUCUUUCCUACAGCUCCUUUCAUCCUUCUGGCCAGUUUCCAUUCUUUCAUGAUACUUAGCAACCUGCAGAAACACUCUACCAGGGGCCUGAUAGCCGCCACACUUACCUAGGACACGGAGUGGGUGCCAACGACCAAAGAAAAGCACAUCUACCCAACAGAGACUAAACCAAAUAUCCAUGCAACAAACAGUUCAGUCGUUCUUACUCUAGAUGCCUCCAGAGCAAAGUCACAAGCCUGAGCGGCCACGACCGUUGGCCUCCUCCAGAAGCCAGCAAUCCUGUUUGCAGUAAGCCCUGAGAAAAGCAAUUUAGCUGCAACAGACGACAAGGACUUCAAAAUAGUAAUUUUACAUAUGUUCUAGGACCUUAAAGAGGAUACAGAUAAAUGCCUUAAUGAAGACCAUGAAAACAUAUACAGUUGAUGAAAUAGUGAAAACAAUUCAAGACCUGAAAAUAGAAUUUAAUAAAGAAAUAAAGUCACUAAAGAAAACCCAAAGUGAAAUAAAACUGGAAAUGGAAACCUCAAGACGCCAAACAAAAACCUCGGAGGUAAGCCUCACCUCGGAGGUAAGCCUCACCUCAGAGGUAAGCCUCACCAACAGCUUAAAAGAUGGAAGAAAGGAUUUCAGGUCUUGAAAACAAGAUGAAGAAAUGGAUAGCUCAGUCAACGAAAAUGUACUUGGGAGGCGGGGGGAGAAAUCCAGGACAACCUCUCCAGGAUGUGUAAAAGACCAAAUCUAUGAGUAACUGAGGACAGCAAAGAAGCGCAGGCCAAAGCCACAGAAUAUUUUUAUCAGAAUCAGAGAAGAAAAUUUCCCCCAACCUAAAGAAGGCAGUGCCUAUCAGGGUACAAGAAACAUACAGAACACCAAGUAUACACUGGACCAGAAGAGAAAUUCCCCACAACACGUAAUAAAACACAGAAUAUAUAGAACAGAGAAAUGGCAUUGACAUUAAACACUUCAAGGGAAAAAGCCAAGUUGUAUAUAAAGACAGGCCUAUUAGAAUAACGCCUGCCUUUUCAACAGAAACUCUGAAAUCCAGAGGUCCUAGGUCUAUGUUCUACAAACUGAGAAACCACAGAUGCCAGCCCAGACUACCAAACCCAGAGAAACUAUUCGUCACAAUCAACAGAGAAAGAAAAAACACUCCACAAUAAAAACAAACUUAAGCAAUUUCUGUCCACCAGUCCAGUAUACAGAAGACACAAAAAGGAAAACUUCUACCUGAAGAGAAGUUAACUACACCCAAGAGGACACAAUAAAUAAAUAGAUAAUCCCAGACCAGUAAAUCAAAGGGAGUGGGGGUGGGGCAGUUCUCACCACCACAACAAAUAGCCAGAAACAUUGCUCAUUAGUAACUCUGUUAAUGGACUUAGUUUCCCAAAUAAGAAGACACACACUAACAGAUUGGAUUAGAAGAAAAGAUCCUCCUUUCUGCUGCAUCCAAGAAGCAUGCCUCACAUCAAGGACAGACACCAUCUCAGGCUAAAAGGGUCGAAAAGGGUUUUUCAAGAAAAUGGACCCAAGAAGCAAACAAACAUAGUUAUUUUAACAUCUGUCAAAAUAAACUUCAAACUGAAACUGAUUAAAAGCGGUAGGAAAGGACACUACAUAGGUCAUUAAAGGAAAAAUCCAGCAUAGGAUAUUGCAGGUCUAAAUAUUUAUACACAAAAGUAAGAGCACCCAAGUUCAUAAAAGAAACACUACUACAACUAAAAUCACAUGUUGACCUUAACACAGUGUAAUGGAUGACUUUAAUACCCAACACUCUCUGAUAAACAGACCAUUCAGAUAAAAACUAAACAGAGAUGCCCAUCAUAAAUUAAAAGGACCUGGCAGAUAUUUUCAGAACAUUUCACUGAAAUCCUAGAUAAUAUACUUCUUCAGCCUCUCACUAAACUUUCUCCAAAGUUGACCACAUAUUAGGACCUAGAGCAAGUCUCAACAGAUACUAGAAAAGUAGGAUAACCCCCACAUCCUAUCUGACCACCAUGGAUUAAAACUUGAUAUCAACAACAGAAGUAGCAGAAAAUGUACAAACUCAAGGAAACUGAAAAAUUACUGCUGACUGAAAACUGAACCAAGAAGUAAAGGAAUUACAAACUCUUAGAAUUGAAUGAAAAUGAGAACACAAUAUACCAAAGCCUAUAGGACAGCCAAAUUAACCAAAAGACAGAGUCAUUAAUAAAGUUAGAGAUUAGAGAGGAAAUAUCACAGUAGACACUGAGAAAAUUCAUAGAAUCGUAAAAUGUAUUUUAACAAUCUGUUCCACCACACUUGAAAACAUUUUUAAAAAUGGACAGACAGACAGAUAUAGCCUAAAUCAAGAUUAAAAAGUAAACAGGUCCACAAUCCCUAGGGAAUAGCAGUAAUUUUAAAACAUCCCAACACAGUUCUCAGCGCCUGCAUACGUGGUGGCUCACAGCCAUCUGUAAUGGGAUCUGAUUGCCUCCUCUGGUGUAUGUGAAGACAGAGCACUCAUAUACAUUAGAUGGAUACGUAUAUGCAUGCACGCAUGUAUAGAUAGAUAGAAGGUGUGGCCCUGUAUAGCCGAAAAGCUUCUUUAUGGCAAAGGAUACCAUCAUUCAAGCAAAGUAACAGCCUAAAGAACAGGAGGGGGUGGGAGGGUCUUUACACUUUAUAUAUCUGAUAGAGCCUUAGUGUCUACAAUAUACAAAUCAUGUCAAUUUUAAAACGGGCAACAGAACUAAUCAGAGAGUUCUCAAAAGAUAAAGCACAAAUGACCAAGAAACACUUAAAUGUUCUUAACCAUCAGAGAAAUGCAAAUUAAAACUACUUUGUGUGGGGAGAGGGGAACACUUACUCAUUGCUGAUAGGAGUGCAGACUGACUUAGCCUCUAUGAAAACCAGUGUGGUGCUGCCUUGAGAAUUGUUAUACCUCAGGAUCCACCUUCAUUAGACAUACAGCCAAAGAACUCAGUCUGACCACGGCGAUCUUACUCGCUAGCUCCCAUUGCUGCUCUAGUUCUAAUAGCCAGAGUUUAGAAACACCCUAGCUGUCCAUCAACUGAUGAGUCAGUCAUGAAACUGCAGUACAUUUACACAAAGGAAUAUUACUCAGCUGUUGAAAAUUACGAAUUUGGCAGGUAAGUGGGUGAAACUAGGAACAGUCGUCCUGAGUGAGACGACCCAGACCAGAGUGUGUGUGUGUGUGUGUGUGUGUGUGUGUGUAUCAUGUUACUUCUUAAGCAUGGCUAGUAGCUUUUAAGCUUUCCACGUCUGUGCUACCAGCUGAAUAAGCACAGACGUUAGCUAACUAGUAAAGGAUGGCAGGGGAGCAGGGACAAGGCCAUCUCCCAGGAAAGGGGCAAAACAGAAUGUAGUAUUAUGGAGAGAUAACAGGGCAAUUAGAAUAACAGGAUUGGGGGAGGGGUAUGAAAGAACAGGAUAAAGGAAGGAAUAUGGGGAGGGACAACUAACACUAAAGGCCCUCUGAAAAGCCGUGUGGAAACCUACUUCUAUAGAAGUUUCCUAAAACAUACGUGUAUAUGAAAGGAAUUUAAAUGGAGUCACCAUAUUAUGGCAGAAACAAUACCAAAAACUGAAAUCCUCAGUUCCAGGAAUAGGUUACAACUUGUGGAGUCCUUGGCUAAAGGCCUCCCAUGGGCUUCCUCAACCAUCAUAGAGUAUUGCCAGUUCUGUCAGUUGUUCUUACAGUCCUGAUGCUAAGACCCUAUUGCUGAGAACUGGACAAGCGUGGGAAAGUCCAGCUGGUACCCGGCUAGACUCUUCACUCCUGCUGACUCAUGAAGUCAUGGUACUGAAGGUACUCUGAUUGCUGCUGCCAUUGUCACUCAGCUACAGGCCCUGCAGUCUACAGUGACCUGCCCACAGGGUACCAUGACUCAGAUACAGUGGCACAAAUGUUGCCGGGGUACUCAACUACUUGUCUAAAACUAGACUUAAGACCCAUACACAAGAUAGAACCCAUACCUGACAUUGGUAAAGUGACCAAGAACCUGAGACCAGUUAGGUUAAUGGGCCCAGGGGAUAUCCUAAUCCUGUUGUUCUGCUAAGGGAAAAUAAGAAUCAGAUGACUCUUUAUGACAUAGUACUCUACCCAUAGAUGAGUGCCUCGCUCAGCCCUCCCCAGAGAAGCUUCUUGUAGAAGAUGAUAAUUAACAUAGAGUAGAGACUUUGGACUUCUCAGUCCUAAAUGGACUCCAACCCUAAGGCUCGGGAAGCUACAUGGAAGGAAGGGAGAAAGCUUGCAGGAGCCAGAGGUCAUGGAUGACUUCAAGGAAAGAGUGUCCUCCAGAUGAACUCUCAGAGACUAUGGCAACACGCACAAGACUCUAGCAUUAAGAAGGGGAGUGGGCACAGUCCCAGCCCUAACCAAGAAGCUUUGCCAUCAACACUGCCAGGAGAGGGAGCGUCAGUGGGUAUCUCAGCUGGACCCAGGGCAGGCCCAUGCUCUUGGGGUAGUUGACCAAUAAAUACAAAACCACUCCACA